UCCUCUCGCCCAGGAUGACAUGGGUUCUACUCUAAUAUCAUACUCUCUCACUCUCCGCAUAUCCCACAAUCGCUCUAUAAACACCCAUCAAGCCUGUCCAUCAAUUACAGCUCCCGCGCAGCUCCAGAAGCAGUAGCUCUGUAUACUACUAAUCUAGUGUCACCACCCUUCCCAGCUCCAUAAUGCUGCGCAUAUAAGAAAAGAAAAUCAAAAGAAAUCACCACAAAAGCCACCACCGCAAUGCACCACCACCACCUCCUCAUCCUCCUCCUCACCACCCUCCUCCUCCUCACCCGGCGCACGAGCGCCAACGUCGAAAAGACCAUCUUCCUCGGCCCCUCCCCCUCCCUGAUUCCAACUCUCACGCCUCCCAUCGACGACUUGGGCCUCCCACGCUUAUCCCCCUCGUACUUCCACCACCGCACAAAGCUCAAUGCCUCCUUCCCCAGCCCCGACUCCGCCGGCACAGACUCAUGGUUCUUCCUCGAGCAUCUGAUCCCCGGUAAACGCUAUGAAGUACGCAUAUGCUGGCUAGCCACUCAACCAACCUCCUUCCACCUAACAACCUACACCCUCCCGCACGCCCUCGAAACCCCGGACCUCCUCGGCGCAAUAACCACCUACUCGACCGCCCGCCUCGCCCACCAGCAACACCUGGACGACAAUGGCCUCGCCCUCCUCUCCGAUCUAGACAAACAGGUCCGGUACAGCCAGAAGAAAAAGCCCGCCAGCCCCAAAGGAAGGCACAGCGGCGGGAUCGGGAUGCUCAGCCCACAUUCGCGAAUCACGACGGCCAGCAGCAGUCCCGUCGAGGAUACGGCCCCGGUCGCGGACUCAGUGCUGUUCCUGCGAGUGCGCGCCGCGGCGGAUUACUACUCCACCGAUCCGGAGCUCAUGGAGACCGUGCCCCCCGUCGUGGUGGAUGUGAUCCUGGAUCCGUAUCUGGGCAAUGUGUUUCCGCGCAGCUUGGUCCCGACCGCCGGGUGGGUGGUGGUUGUGGCUGGGGUCGCGGUCUUCGUGGGCCGGUGGGUGGUUGCGGAGCUGGGGCGGGUCGUGGAUUCGAUCGCUUCGGAGGAGCAGGAGCAGGAGCAGGAAGGAGAGAUUGGUGGUGAGAGGGAGGCGAAGAAGAUACAGUAAUCUCUCGCUUCUGAUUUAAUAUAGUCCGGUUUCAAUUAUGUGUAAAUAUAUUGAUUAUGAUUCAGUACGACAGCGUCAACUGCGUGACUUGGGAAAUGUAUAAUAUAAUUGGACGUGUAUUGGGAAAAGGCUUGGAAUUACAUUCAUGGUUGUGGGCAGCAAGCACCAGGCAAACAU